AUGGGGCUCUGCUGUUCUCUUGGUAAAGUUGGUUCUGUUUCUAUAGAAGGAUCUAAUCAAAAUCUAGAUCGUAAAGAAACAUACAAUGACUUGACAACUUAUCUUAAAGAAAGCCACGAUGAGGCUGAUAAACUUCAGCAGAAUUUUGCAGAUAAAGUGAUUCAAAGUACCCUAGUGAUUAAUAUUGUAAGAACGAAAGCGGAAAAGGAAUUAAGAAAGUCAAAAGAGACAAAACCUUUGUCAGAUAAGAAGGCAGAGGAAAUAGUCAAUGAUAUACAAAAGGAAAACAAUUGGUUAAAAAGAUCCAAAGAAAUUUUCACAAAUGUUAUCAUCAAACUUAAGGACGCCCGUGAAGAUGAUCCAUCUUUCAUAGAUAAACAAUCCAAUUACAAGAAACUAACUGAUAAGCUAAAAACAGAUGUUAUGACUUUGAUAGAGAGUAGAAUCAAACAAAUUAGACCAAGUUGUACAAACUUAGCAGCAGAAAGUUCUGAUGACAGCGAAACAGACGGGCCGAGUAAUCAGGCGAAGAGUGGUUAUGAGUCUAGUCAUAGUUUAGAAUGCGUAAGCGAAAACGAAUCAAAUUAUGGCGAUGAAAAUGUUGACAAAUCUGGUCGAUAUAAAAAGCAGGUGCACGCUUAUAAGUUGCUUUAUGAAUGUACAUUAAUAUUGAAAGCGGAACGCGACAAUUUUUCCAAAAUAAACUCAAUUAUUGUGGGUGUAACGUGCCAAGCAAAAAUAUAA